UGAUGAUCACGUCGGCGGCAAUUUACCACGUGCUGCACUUCUUCCACGUCACCAUCGACAUCCGAAACGUCUGCGUGUUCCUGGCUCCCCUCUUCUCCUCUUUCACCACCAUAGUGACUUACCACCUCACCAAAGAGCUGAAGGACGCGGGGGCAGGACUCCUUGCUGCCGCCAUGAUCGCCGUUGUGCCCGGGUACAUCUCUCGAUCUGUUGCCGGCUCCUACGAUAACGAAGCUGCGGCUGUCGAGGGUGCCCUUGGAGAGAGCAGAUCUCGGCUGGCGUCGCCGCUGGGCGAACCCCAGGAGAAUCUAAACCUGCCGCCUUUGACCUCUGCUGCGCAACCUGUUCAGCCCUGGAACUUGUGGGGUUUUUGUGUCUGUUUUCUCUCUCGGCAGGUCUCCUCGUGGGGUGGCUACGUCUUUCUGAUUAACCUCAUCCCCUUGCACGUUCUUGUGCUGAUGCUGACCGGCCGCUUCUCCCACAGGAUCUACGUAGCCUAUUGCACGGUCUACUGCUUGGGAACCAUCCUCUCGAUGCAGAUCUCCUUUGUUGGCUUCCAGCCCGUCCUCUCCUCGGAGCACAUGGCUGCCCUUGGAGUCUUCGGCUUGUGUCAGAUCCACGCCUUCGUAGACUACCUUCGGAGCAAGCUGAACCCGCAGCAAUUCGAAAUCCUCUUCAGGAGCGUCAUCUCCCUGGUCGGCUUCGUCCUCCUCACCAUCGGGGCCGUGCUGAUGCUGACAGGGAAAAUCUCCCCGUGGACGGGGCGUUUCUACUCCCUGCUGGAUCCUUCCUACGCAAAGAACAACAUCCCCAUCAUCGCCUCCGUCUCCGAGCACCAGCCCACCACUUGGUCCUCCUAUUACUUUGACCUCCAGCUCCUCGUUUUCAUGUUCCCAGUCGGUCUGUAUUACUGCUUCAGUAACCUCUCGGACGCCCGCAUUUUUAUCAUCAUGUACGGCGUGACCAGCAUGUACUUCUCUGCUGUGAUGGUGAGGGCCGCGGCCUGCCGGGCGCAAGCAGGACGACGAAACGGUCUUAAAGCUGAUUUAAUUUAUUUUUCUGAACUUGCUGAUGACGGUGCUGACGGCACGUCUGGUGUUCGGGUGCAGGACGCAAAGGUGAUGUCCUGGUGGGACUAUGGGUACCAGAUAACCGCCAUGGCCAACCGGACCAUCCUGGUGGACAACAACACCUGGAACAACACGCACAUCUCCCGCGUCGGUCAGGCGAUGGCAUCGACGGAGGAGAAAGCCUACGAGAUCAUGAGGGAGCUGGACGUCAGCUACGUGCUGGUAAUCUUCGGAGGCCUCACUGGGUAUUCAUCUGACG